AUGGAUCUCCAGAAUCGAGUCGAGAAGGCCAACGUCCAAGACCUUAUCGACAUAUGCGAACAACUUUCCGAGGAAUGCAGGGGUUUCUCAAACUGUCUCAACACUAGUCCAGUCGUAUUGGCUGCGCUCGCCAAGGAGUGUCGUGCAAUCACAGAUGCGCUUGACAGGUUACACGAACUCAGCCGGACAAUUGAAGGUGGCACAGAAAGCGUACGAGCAUCAAACAACGAAUUCGUCUAUUCUGUUUCAAAAGACGUACAUGAGCUUAGGGCUGCAUUGAAACGGAUCAAGGGACCAGACAGAGAUAGUGGCAUUCAUCUUAAUGAACCACAGCUCAUCAUUGUCUGGAACGAAGCAGCUUUGAAGGAAUAUCUUGGACGACUACGCACUCACCAAGCGUCACUCCACACUCUUCUUAACACUGCAACUCGGGCUGGCUAUAAUUUCGGAGAAAGUGACCUGAAUAGGCGUCGCGUGAUCGAACCUGACAUUGAGGUAGAUGAGGCCCUUCGAAGUCUCGGACGAAAGUUCACAGCACCAAGUCAACGCUCUAUCGUCUUGCCUCGAGUCAGCGAUUCUACCGAGAUACAAAUACUUCUAGAUACUCUGGUCCCACCUCCUGGAGUCACUUAUGUGCAGACUAAAGAUGUCGCACACGAAUUACACCAUGCCAUCGAACAGACCGAUGAAACAGCCGUAUUUAACAUCCUGCUCGAGCGCGCAGACCCCAAUAUAACGCUGGCGGGAUCAAUGUUGUCUCCCCUGCACCGCGCUUUUGACAAGAAGCACAUGUUGAUCGCUGCAUUCCUAAUUGUUGCUGGCGCAGAUGUUGACGAGCCGACUACUGACGGCGAUACAGCCUUGAUGAGAGGCAUCAAAUGUGGCUUCUCGGAACAAUUUGCGAGACUUGUUAUUCAUAUGAAGGCACGCAUCAAUUCAAUCGAUAACGAUGGGCGCUCCGCUCUUCACCUCUCCGCCGCCUCAGACGUUCUCGAGGACGAGACACUACCAGCUCUUAUCAACGCUGGCGCAGAUAUCAAUUUGGUCGACUAUGAGGGUCACACACCACUACAUAUAGCGAUACAACACGCCCACUGGUCUGCGGCGACGAAAUUAGUACAGGCUGGAGCAGAUCUCGAGGUCCGAUUGCCGGAUGGGAAAACAGCACUCCACCUGACGAUAGCAAUGCGCAACCAAGAGUUCACUCAAGUGUUGAUAUCUCGCGGAGCGAACGUUGACCGUAAGCUUCGUGAGCACACGCCUUUAACAAUGGCCAUCAGUACUCGCUGUACUCCCAUCACAGCUGCACUCCUGGACAUGGGUGCGAAUCCAAACUUGCCGAGCCGAAACGGAAACACGCCUCUUCUCGCAGCAGCAGCCACUGGACAUGACGAGACGGUGAGAUAUCUCAUCGCUCAUGGUGCAGAUCCAACAGAAACACAUGGGCAGUCUGGUUACACGCCCAUGCAUAUGGCGGCGCACAAAGACAAACCUCACAUACUCCGACUCCUGGCUGAAUCGGAGGCACCCAUCGACGUUUUGGACAGAAAUGGUGAAACUCCUCUCUUGAUAGCUGCCAAACUUUGCAACGGCCAGAGUGUUCUUCGCCUGAUCAACCUGGGUGCCGAUAUCGAACGAGUUGGGCCGGAUGGCAUGAGCGUACUUGCCCAUGCAGUUAAGAUGGGGGACGUUGGCCUCGUUACUGUACUCCUAGAGCUAGGAGCUGGGAUGCAGAUGACGUCCAUGUUUCUUUCCAGGGGCAGUAGGGAGUAUCUCGUCCCCGAACCACAAACGACGCCGAUUCAUGUGGCCGCUCAGCACGCACGAGACGAAAUCCUCUUGCGGCUUGUAUCGUAUGGCGCGUCGCUUGAGAGUACUAUAUUUCCUGGACGGACUCCUUUAUCAGUCGCAGCAUCCCAUGGUCAUGUCUCGACGGUUCGGCUUCUUCUCCGAUUAGGUGCGAACACACGCGCUUUAACCACGCAUGGUGAUACACUUCUAUUUGAAGCAUCAGCGAACCUAGCAACUCUCAAGAUUCUAUUACAACAGGGGAUCAAUGUCAAUCAUCAAAACGACCGAGGCGCGACAGCGCUUCAUUAUGCGGCUCUGCGCGGACACAUAGGGGGUGUCCGAAUGCUGCUUGAAAAGGGAGCUCGACAGUACCACGCAAAUGCUGUGUGGGAUGCAUGGGAAGAUAGGGAUGGCGCAGGAGGCUAUCGACAAGGGACGCCUGCUGGCAUGGCUAUGCAAAGAGGUUUGGACAAUAUCGCGGAGUUAAUUGAGGGAUGGAAAUACAACUGA